AUGUGGUUUGAGGCCUCGAGAAGGUCUGUGUUAUGUAUUGGAACUGGUUGGUGUGAUUUGGACGGGGUCCCGGGGCCUCGGGUUGGUUUCGGGUCAUUUCCCCAUGAUUUGCUGCUGCUGGUUGCUGGUUCUGGUUUUGUCCUUCGCGAACGCGAAAGGAGUCCCGCGUUCGCAAAGACGAAGUUUGGGGCUGCUAAAAUUUGGUCUUUGCGAACGCGAGGCAGAAGCUGGGUGCGGUUCCAAUACCGCUUUUGCGGUCCUCCUCCUAGCCUUAGCUUCCGCAUCUGCGCUUCUCCUUCCACAGGAUCAAACAAAUUAAGGAUGGAGCUAAUUUCCGAAGAAUUUAUCAAACCUGUUUCUCCCACUCCCAAUCACCUCAAAUCUUAUGAAUAUUCUAUUCUUGAUCAGUUUGCUCCAUCAAAUUACAUCCCUAUACUUCUAUACUAUCCUCCUCCUCCUCCAUCACUUCACAAAGAUAACCAAAAACCAAAUAAUACUAUGAUCAACUCAUCAAGAUUAAAAAACUUAAAGAAAUCCCUGUCUGAAAUUCUUGCUCAUUAUUACUUUUUGGCAGGAAGACUUCGAAACGACACUGCUUCUGUGGAUUGCAACGAUGAAGGUGUGCCAUUUCUCGAAGCAUUUGUGCAGAAUCAACGCUUGGAAGACAUUCUCAACGAUCCUUGUAUUGAAAACGAACUUAGGAAAUCUUUGCUUCCACUCGACAUGGAGUCAUUUUCAUCGACCCUUUUACUUUUUGUUCAAGUUACCUUCUUGGAAUGUGGUGGAAUGGUUGUUGGAAUUUCAGCUACACACAAAGUUUUGGAUACUUCUUCCUUUAUUACCUUCUUAACUGACUGGGCAUCUUUGGCACGUCAAGACGAUCCCAAUUUUGUACUAUCUCCACUUAAUCCCAUUGCGAAACUCUUACCACCAAGUAAUGCAUUGCCACCCUCACCUAGCACUAAAGCCGCGCUUUCAAGAGAGGCUUGUGUUACGAACAUUUAUGUUUUUAACCCUUCUAGAAUAGCACUUCUCAAGACGAAGGCAACUAGUGACAACAUACCUAAACCUUCCCGUGUCGAUGUAGUGACAAGUAUCAUGUGGAAGUGUUUGACUGCGCACUCCAAAAGGCGGUCUACCUUAGCCCAUAUGAUAAACAUGAGGAAACGAGUUGAUCCUCCAAUGCAUGCUCAUUAUAUUGGAAACUUUGUUGGGCUCGUUGAAGCAUCUAAGGAUGAGACUGAAAAAGAUAUAGCUAACAUGGUGGCUUUGAUAAGAAAAGGGUUAGUCAAGUUUGAUAAUGACCAUGGGAAAAGAUUGAAAGGGGAUGAGGCCGUAGGAACUAUCCUAGAGCACAUAAGGGAUAAAUUAAGCUUGAAUAGUAGAAAAGAUUAUGUGGAUUUCUACCAUUUCAGUAGCUGGUGUGGUUACUCAUUUUAUGAUGUGGAUUUUGGAUGGGGGAAGCCAAUUAUGUUUAAUACAAUUGAAGGAAAAUUCAAGAACAUGAUAAUGUUAAUAGAUACAAAGGAUAGAGGAGUGGAAGCUCGUGUUACUUUAAGUGAACAAGAUAUGAAAAUGUUUGAGAAAAACACAGAGCUGCUAACUUAUGCAACUCUCAAGGCUAGUUUCCCUAUCAAAGAAUGACGCAAUAUUAAACAAGUUGAGAAUAAAGUUCUUGUUUUGUAUUAGUAAGAGAAAAUCUUCAAUCGUUCUUAAGGGAUAGCUCCUCCCAAAUUGUUCUAGAUAAGUUAAAGUUUGAGUGCUUUUAAUUUCUUGAAUGAAAUGUGAAAUUUUCUGAUUUC